CAGAAGACGUUUUAUAAAGAAAAAGUACUUACAAAUAUUUGUACUAACAUUUGAAAACUAGAUUUUCAAACUUUGAAACGGGUCAAUUUGACCCGCAACAUAACAAGAGGGUUAAUUCUUAUUCUAAACAAUUGACCUGAAUUUGCAAACAAAGUAUUUGUUGAAGCAGUGUUUAAAAACACACUGAAAUACAUUCACAGUCUGCCACUAGAUGGCAAUGUUUAAACAUGAGAAGUGCUUUGACUGGGUGAGUCAGACCACUUAUGUUGUUGUAUGUCAUUUGGAAAAUGCACAAUAUAGGAGUACAUCUAAUGCCAAGCUACUAAUAUUUCAAAUGCUCAUAAUAAUAUAGAAAUACAAGAAAUAUAAAACUGGAUUCUUAGCUUCAUAAUCUUUUGCAGUAUACGUUUCGUGCUAAAUCGUCCCGGAUGUCUGUCGGACAUGCAUAUCCCUCAUGGUGCGGAGUUAGACAACCUUUUGUUUUCAUCCCGUAUAUAAAGAGAGUAAAGGCCCAGGGCACACAAUGCCUAGUGCAGUGUAAGCAGUUGGCUGAGCAGAGAGCCAUGGCUGUGCUGUGUGGAAAAUGCUAGUGGAGGCAGACAAUGCACUGGUCCGAGGCCGGACCAGCCCUCGGAGGGACAGGGGUCACCUCACUGCGACAACAGCCCCCGUCUCCCUCCCUUCUUUUUCUUUUUCUGAGCUCCGCAGCAUGAGCUCGGGGAGGACGCUGAAGUUCGCGGUGUGCGAGGUGCUGCAGUUUGCAGGCCUGUGCGUGCCUCUCUUCAUCGUCAUGCAGAGGUUCGCCGUCAUCGUAGCGAAGGUCAAAACGUCGGCACAGCCCGCCGCAGACGGCAGCGCGGCCUACUGGUUGAUCGUGGCCUCGUCCGUCGCCUACGUCACCUCCACCGCCCUGCUGGUCUGGGUACCCAUGAAGUAUAUGGUCUUCAUGAAGAAGAAGUUUCUCAUUGGGAGGCAGAAGUGGAGGCCUGUGGCCCUCGUAUAUGUGAUCCUCUCAACAUUGCCCUGCUUUGCCUUUCUCAUCGCCAGCUCUGAGGUUCAGAUAAAUAACAACAUGAAACACGAUGCGUUCACGGAGCUCCCUGUGUCGCUAGUCCUCUUCUCUCUCAUCUGUAUUGACGUUGUGGAGAGGAUACGCCACUGCAGACUGACCGGCCAGGCUUGUGAGAUGGAGAGAGAUGCAGACAUCCCCUCCACUUUCCUCACAGGUGUGGAACAGGUGACACCUGUUACUCCAGCUGUGCCGGCCCCAGCUGUGCCGGCCCCAGCUGUGCCGGAGCCAGCUGUGCCCGGACCAGCUGUGCCCGGGUCAGCUGUGCCCAUGCCAGCAAACCAGAAUGGAGCAGCGCCCAAUGGGUCCGUCCCUGGGAUACCCGGUCAUCCCGGGAGGCUAUUUAGCAUCUCUGGCUUGAGGGCCCGAUCAGCGAGCACCACGGCGUACCGCAUAUCUCCGGAUGCCUACACGGGCCCACUGAGAUUCCUGUGUGCCAGCGACGCCCGAGCAGACGUGUUCGUGGACAGCUUUCUGUUCUGGAUGGACACAGUGGAGAUGGUGAGGGUGGCGGGACACCCCGUUGUCUACUACUCAGGCUGGGUGUUCCCCAUCUACAUCUUCAGCUUCCUGUCCUGCCUGCGGGUGGUGGUCAUGCCCCACAGCCCCCUGCUGUCCUCACUCGGAGUGGCACUGCAAGACUUUCCCUUCUUCUUCAUGCGCGUGGGCAUCGUCGCGUUCUUCGGCUUCGUCACGCCCGUCCUCUACCUGAUGAAGAACCUGUUGGUCUGCCUGACCUUUGUCUAUUUCAACUUCAUGACGAGGCUGAGGGUCUUCAACACAGAGAGGAUGUUCUUUUGAGACCCACACUUCAAGUUUAGACAGUUAAACAUUGAAGCCGAUGGCAGGAGCAAGAGGCCGGUCCAACCAUGAACCAGUGGAUUUAAAGUAAUGGAUUUACGAAAAGCUGGCGCGACCAAACCAAAGUAUGGAUUUGCGACACAGAAGAGAUAUUCUGACAAAUUGCAUGAUGGUAUUUCUCACAGGCCUAAAGGGAGCUCUUUGGCAAUGUUUUCCCACAAAGGACAUUAUGUGUUAUGUUAUGUAUUGUUUACCUUUCAUGUUCAACUUUUUUUACCCCUCACCAAGCACUUUGGAAAUGUACCUGUAAUUUCAGAGUUUCUAUCAUAUAUUUUUUUUCUACCAUAAUAAAGUGCAAUGAAUAUGUAAAAGCAUAAAUCCA